AUUGUUUUACACUAGCAUGUGUAAAAGAUAUUGGAUAUUGAAAUUGACUGUCCUCUUUAAAGAUGAAGGUUGCUUGGUGUUUCAGAACAUUUCUUCCUUGUCAUGCAGCGGGACUCUGCACUCAGAGUCAUUUGCGGUUGCUAAGAAAAUCAAUUAAUCGAUGUCAUAUCUUGUCAGUACCAACAAACUAUUGCUCUUCAACCUGUAAAGGAGAUAAUCAAGACAAAAUAUUCACGAUACCCAAUCUGAUCACAGCAUCCAGAAUCACAGUCACCCCUAUAAUCAUUAAAUCUGUUUGUUGUGGUGAUUUAAAUUUGGCUUUAGGUCUUACUAUCUUCGCUGGAUUGACAGAUAUGGUGAGAUUUCGCUUAAAUUUUUUUAACAAACUUUUAAAGUUAGAUGGGUUUAUAGCUCGAAAUAUGUCAAACCAGGCGUCCAAUAUUGGAAGUUUCUUGGACCCUCUGGCUGACAAACUCCUUGUGACAUCUUUGACUUUGUCAUUAACAGUAAUGGACUUAUUCCCAGUCAGCCUUGGAUGUCUUUUUAUUCUCCGCGAUCUUGGAAUAGUUGCUACAAUUUUAUUCAUAAUGUCUCGUAAUUUCGGUUCACUUACUCCAAAGACAUUCACACAGAAAAUUGAAAUGAAGCCAUCAAACAUUAGUAAACUGAAUACUCUUUGUCAAUUAUCAAGUAUCAUACUUAGCAUGACAUAUCCUUUGUAUGGAUUCCCAAACUAUGAAUAUCUUAAAGCUGUGUGGCUGCUUUCAGCUGGAACCACAAUUGGAUCUGGUUUAGGAUAUUUAAAAAAUCUACCAGAAUGGCAGAAACGUAUGAGUGAAGCCUCCAUAAGGAAAUAAAUGAAUGAAUUCUUUUUUCUUUGUGUACGCUUUUCUUUUUAUAAUGAAUAAUUUACAUCAUUUCGUGUAUCUUUCAACAAAAUUGUUUUCUUAAUAACUAGACUAGCCCCCAUUGUAUAUGUAUGUGUAAAUAAUACUUAUCGAUGUAAGUAACCCUUUGAAUGAAUG